GGACGGAGGCAAGGAUCAAUUAAAUUAAAUUCUUUCAGAAUCCGACAGAAUUGCAUGACGCCCGCUCUCGUUUUCUUCGGUGUGUUGUACAGGUGGUAUUUCCUGCUGGCGUUGUGUGUUUUUGCUCCGAGCAGCGGCUGUACUUCCUACUGGCGUGGUGUAGGAGGGCAAGAGCUUCAGCUCCGUCUAUGGCGAGGGGGCGGGAGAUGUCGUCUUCAAGGCGGUCGGUCUCCUUGUUGCUGUUGCUUCGACUGUUGGCCAUCGCCACUCUUUUCAUCGCGAUCGCCAUCUGUCCGGCGGAGGCUGUUCCCGCCAACAAUUUCGCUGACUUGAAGAGGUUGUUGGCGGAUACGAGUGUGAGCGCAAUAGAGGUGAAGGCUGACAUCAAGCUGACGGAGGACUUGCCGGAGGUCAGGCGCUCGAUCCGGAUCGUUGGACAGUGUCCAGGUGGCCGACAAUGCGUGGUCGAUGGCGACUCCAAGUACCGUGCCUUUCUCAUCAGCGGAGCAAGCGGAUGCCCUCSCCCCCGUCCUAGGCUCCGUGUCGACAUCAGCAAUCUACGUCUUAUCAAUGCGMGAGCUAAUUUGGUUGAAGSUGAAGCGUGCGGGACUCUGCAGUGGGAUAAUGGGGCAGCUYUGAGCUURAUUGAUGUGGCGUCAGCCACGCUGAGGGGCGUCAAUUUCGAGGGCAAUGUGGCCCUCACUCRCUCUGGUGGUGCGCUGGCCGCUUUCUCAUCAGCAUUCUUAAGUCCGAUUUCAACUCUUGAUAUCGCCAACUGUGUGUUCCGCAACAAUCGCGCAGGCAAUACCGGAGGCGGCAUYGACMUUGACAGCGGCGUGAAGACGACCAUCACUUCCUCAACCUUCAUUAAUAAUGCUGUUACRUCGGACGUGUCGGCGGCGUCUAGAGGAGGAGGCGGUGCGCUGUCAGACUUUUCUGGGUUUUUGGAAGUGAUUGGCUGCACGUUCCAGAACAACACGAACGCGUUCGGCUUUGGCGGCGCCGUCAACAUUGGCAGCACUCCUGGGGUGCCGCCUGGCCGGUCGGAUUUCCAGUCGAACACAUUUGAGGGUAAUUCCGCGAAGGAAGGCGGCGCCAUYAGCGUGAUUAGGGCGGGAGUGUCCAUCUGCAAGAACACGUUCACGAACAACGUGGCGACUGGUGCCGGCAGUGCCGUUAGGAGAAGCAGCAACGUGCUCGUAGUCCUUGACAGGCACCCGGCCAAGUUCUGCCCGCGCAUUCCCUCUGGCACUCGCACCGUCUGCGCGCGCGAUUACAGGGGACCUGGGAACCCCAUUCUGUCGGACGCCUCUUGUACUGUGAGCGACCAGGUGCGUGUAGUGUGCGGCAAUGGCGGGAGCUGUAUKCCCCGCGGAGUGGAUAUCAGGACGCCCACCGGUCGCCUGGCAAGCUUUCUCCUGGACGAGAAGCGCACCAAGCUGACACUCACAGAGAACGUCGUGCUCACCGAGGGCCUUCCCCAUCCCUCCCUCCUCAGAACCACGCCAAUCACAAUCACCGGCAAGUGCCCUCGGUCUCCCGGCGGAAGAUGCGUGAUCGACGGCCAGGGGAAGUUUACCGCCGUCGUCUUCCCCGUGCAUGUGAUGAUGGAGAACAUCGAAUUUCGGCGCGCAGCUCUGACGGCCGUCAAGGCGGAUGGCGGCUUCAUUGGCAGAAACCUUGUCUUCGCACGGAACAGGCGGCCUGUCGACUUCGACCUAACUCCGAACGAAGCCCCUUAUACGGCGGGACUGUUCAUUUCUGGAAACUUCACUAUUUCAGACUCCACCUUCAGUGAAAACGCUGGUUACUCUGGGGCUGCGCUUGGCACCUCCGAAAGGGACACAUUCACGAGGGGAGUUAUCUCAAAGUGCACGUUCAGUAAGAAUGUGGCGGCGUGCGGUGGCGCUGCAGUGGAUUUGGGUGGGGAGAGGGGCAAGACUUCAUACCGCGUGGCGGACUCUACUUUCACGGGGAACACGGCCGCCGACGGGGGCACAAUCACCGCAAGUAAUGGGCAGGUGGAGAUCGUUUGUUGCACUUUCAAGAACAACAAAGCGACCAGGUUCUUUGCUCGAGCAGUGCGUAUUGACGAGUACGAGAAGUUUUCCCUUUGCAAUUGCCAGUUCUCUGGAAACACUGCCAAGGAGAGCAACAGCAGCAAUCUCUUCGUCUCUCAGAUAACAGGAAUACGGGCAACGACUCUGUUCUGCCCUACUCAAACUCCUCUAACGCAAUUCAACUGCAACUUUAACGGCGAUCGCGACGAACCGUUCCCUUGUUUUCCGAUCACGAUCGGAGGGCCAGGAUGUGCUGGCUGUCGUUAGCCGGUACUUAGUGCAGCGAGAGAGUUAACUUACAGCAGCGAGAGAGUUAGGCUGCAGGUGGUGGGGGGUUUGCACGCGGGAUGUCGAGAGCCAAUAAGGGGUACUAAGAGUCUCCGUGGGAUUUAGACUUUAGAAAGUUCUUUUUUUCGCUGUUGGUCAGGGAAUCGCUGUUGUUAAUAAUGUUGUCAAUAAUUGUUGGAGCUGAGCGCUGUUGUCGUUAAGUUCUCUCUGUAAUUUUGCCGGAGGGCGUAUGAUGCGAGAGGGGCGGGGCUGAGGGUCCCCUCUGUAUUUUCUUCGUUCGUGGAGGUUUAUUUCCUCAACUGGCGGCAGGAAACAGA